AUGAUGAAUCAUAAAAAAGCAUUUAGAAAGAAAAUAACCGUUCGUAACUACGUAAUUGCACUUUUAAAACAGUCCAUAUUGACGGGAGUGCCACAAAUUUUCUUCGCUACAAAUUUUAGAAGAUAUUGGAAAAUUUUAGUUCUCUUCUCUUGUAUCAUCGGAUUCUGUUAUCAAAUGGGUACAUUUUUAAGAAUAUAUUGGAAAUAUCCAAUUAUGGAAGAAGCGGAUAAUUACUUUUUUAAAGAUAUCGCAUUGCCUGCAAUUACUAUUUGUAAUUACAAUGGAUUAAGCAGAAGUAAAUAUUGUAAAGAUUACCCGGAUAACUGUCUUACUCUUGAAAAAAAUAGCGACUUUUGUAAACGAUUUCCCAAUUCUUGUUUAUUGAAAGAAAAUAUUACUAGUAUUCAGAUACCGAAACCAGAAUAUAGUGUAAUGGAAAAAAAUGCACCAAGAGAAAUAGUACUUAAAUAUGGUCAGCAAAAAGAAGAAUUGUUACGCCGUUGUACUCUUACAGUUUCUGAUAAAUCAAUGGCAUGCCCAAAUAUAACAGUAUCAUUCGUCAAUUUUUAUGAAGAUAUUCCAAGAAUAUGCCACACAAUAAACGGUAGAUAUAGAAAUGCAAAGAAAUUACCUAUUCUUAAAGUAAACAUUGAUAUUAGUGGGAUGAAUGUGUCUGAAGAAAGCAGCAAGAUAUUGAUAUUCGGUUGA